CGUCAUUUGCGUCGUUUUGCUUCUAUUGUGCGUAUCUCGUCUUGUGAAAAAAUAUAAUUUUAUUUCCCUUGGAAAUGUAACGAUUGUUGUUCGUAUCGUUCAUGUUUUUCUUUCUUUUAUAUGAUACCGUUUCACGCUUGUAUCUAUCGAUUUUAUGAUUAAUGUUUACACGUAAAUAAUUUCGCUGUACUAACAUUUGUGUCGUCAAUUUAAUAGAUUCGCGUACUAACCGCUACAAGAACAAAACUUCAGCAAAAUGAGUAUGCCGGAAUUGGGAAGCAAAAUCAGCCUAAUAUCAAAGGCCGAUAUUAGGUAUGAGGGUAAACUAUUCACUGUUGACCCUCAAGAAUGCACAAUUGCUUUGUCUCACGGUAAUAUAUUUUACAAAUAAUUUUAAAUAAUCUAACAAAUCGCAAUCCUAUUUUAUUUGUCAUUCGGCAUUAAUGCAAAAGAUAUUGGUCCCAAUAUAUUUUUCAUUAAGUAUAAUUUAAUACUUAUACCUGUUAAACCUCAACAAAUAUUUUUUUAUUUAAUAAAAUUGAGAACAUUUUUUUGAAUUUAGUAGUAUAUUUUUAUUUAAAUGAAAGUACCUAAUAAAUAGGUAAUGUGUUUUUCAUAUAUAAUGCAUUCUUUAAACACAGUAUCGAAUCCUAUAAUUAGAUUAUUUAAUCUAUAAAUUUGUGUUAUUUCCCAUCUUUAUCCAUAUUAAUUCUCAUUCAGUUUGGGGAUUUCAGUAAAUGAAUCUUUCGAUUUAUUGACAAACGAUGAAUAAUCACAUUUUUCAACUAUAUAGAUCUAUUUUUAUUUAUUCUGUAUAAUUUCCCGUAACAUAGUUAAUAUUUUAGACUUAUUUUUGAAUUGUUUUUGUUAAAUAUUAAGUUAUUAAAUUUUUUUUCAAAUAGGUAUUCAUAUCAAUCGUAUUCCAACUUAAAACUUAUACUUGGUAAACAUUUAAAUUAACAUUAAUAAAAUAUUUUUAAUGUGACAUAAAGACUCCCAAAUAUAAUAUUCUGACUAUUUUGAUUAUAUUAUCAGAGUGAAGUCUGGUUUUAUAUGUUUGGAAGUCGGUAAUAUGUAAGAUUUUCGUUUUAAAUUUGGUAUUAAAAUUCUUAUAAAAAUGCAACUAAAAAGGUUUCUUGUUUUUCAUUUUUUAAUACAUUUUUUGGAGAGUUUCCUAAUUAAUAUGAAAACUACUUUGGAUUACAAAAAAUAACUUUCUUUGUUAGUGACUACAUGUUAAAAGAAACAAAAUGAUCUGUCAUUUUCGAUUUAAGCAAUCAAUACUUAUGGUAGAAAACAACAUAAGUUGCAAAAAUUAAAAACAAUGAAAACAAUAGUGCUACAGUAAAUAUUUUAUGUUUAACUUAUAAUUUUCUUUCGAGUUUAUCCCAAUUAUUUUAAAACCCAUUGAAAAAUCAAAAAAAUGACCUAAACGCAACAAAAGAAAAUUUUUCAGAAAAGGUGCUACAGUCUAUAUUUUGGAACUAAUUUUCUGGUAGAAAAGUUCUAAAAUACAGAAACAUUCAUAUGUACCAAAUUCAAUAGAUCCCUUGCCGCAUUCUGAAUCUAAAAUAAUAAUUUUUCUUAUCCUUGUGAUUAAUUUUUAUUUUGCUCAUUUAUUAAAAACUACUAUUUUAUACACCAACUUAUUUGACAAUGCAACAAUAAAGAGUUGUUUUUAAAUUCGAGUAAUAUUUUUGAUAGAAAACGUAAAGCGCAAUAAUUAUCAAAACUGCUUGGAUUUUUUUUUUUUUGAUUAAAGUAAUAUUUCUGGUAGAAAACUGUUUACUAAAUUAAAAACUACAAAAUUGAUUACGCUGUGGUGCAUUGUAAAUAUUUUCCAUUUUACCUAUAAUUUUAUUUAUGAUUUUACCAAAUUAUUUUGAAAAUCCUUUGGAAAAUCAAGCAAUUUGAGAAAAUGAGCUAUAAUUGAUACUUUGCAACACAAUAUUUGGUAGAAAAGUUGUUUACAGAAAGAAAAAUACCCGUUAUACUAAAACCAAUAGAUAUUACCAAUAAUAACAAUAAAUUAUUAAUUUUUUUAGAUCAUACUAUUUUAAAAAAGAUUCUAUUAUUAUAAAAAAAAAUAAUUUAUUAAAGUACCUAUAUGUUAUUAAAAAAAAUGUGAAGUAUUAUAGAUAUUAUGGGAAAUAAUUAUGUCCCUUACUACAAAUUGUAUACAAUUAUAUUCCUAUAAAUAAUGUAUAAUAUGCACAAUAUUGUUUAUGUAUACUAUCUACUUUACCCUUUGGCUUUACAGUGUUUUCUAUCUCGUACUUAAACAUAUUAUUUCUGCACAUGAUCUAGCAUUGUGCUAAAAAUUAAAGUAUAUUGUUUUAUCUAUGUACAGCAUGUACUCUUGUAAGACAGAAUAUGUAUAGUUAACAUAACAAUUGAAGUUUCAGAAUAGAUAUUGCAUUUUCUUUUUAAUAGGUAUAAAACUGAAUUCUUAUUUAUAACUUAACAUUUGUAUGUAAAAUAGUUUUUUAUGUUUAUUUAAUUGUCAUAUUAUGUUUGUAUCUGUAUUUUAUUGAUUUCUUGAAUUUUUGUCCACCCUCUGUAUACCGUUAUAAGUAUUUGUCACUUAUCUUUAAGAUUACACAAUAAAAAAUAUUGAAUUUUUCUAAUUUUCUAACUUAAUAAUUAUUAUAAUUUAUUUAUAUGAAACUUAUUGUAUAUGUAUAUAAUUUAAAAAAUGUGAUCAUUGAAAUAUCCAUAGGAUAAAUCGCUACUAAAUAAUGUGUACACAAUAUUUCAGAAUACCUAGCAGAAUAUUUUUAACAAUUGUAAACCAUUAAAUAUUUAAUUGAAAUUCUAAAUCAAUGGUCAGUCAGUAUAUUUCUCUAAUCAAUUUAUUUAGUAUCUUGUGUUUUAAAUUUGAUAAAUAUUGAAGAUAAGCAUUUGAAAAUAAAUUUAAAUGUGUUUAUAAUUUUUUUUUUUUUUUUAAUCUGGGAAAAAUAUUCUUUUUAAAUUGUUGAGCAUAUUUAUUCUGCUAAAAAAUUAUUAUCCUCAUAAUAUUAAAAAACAAAUUUUAAAAAAAUCCAUCAAAUAAGUUUAUGUUUACAUUAGGUACCUAAAAAUCAUAUGGUUUAUUGUUUUAACAUUUCACCUCAUGUGCAUUUUGUUGUAUUAAAAUGUGUUUUCAGAAAAAUAUAAAUUUUGUGUUUGAAAUAUUAAACAUAUUAAGUACUUCCAGGUUAUAUAUUUACAUACGUUAAAGAUAUUAACAUUAUUUACUAAAUUAGUAAAUGUUAUUUUCAUAGAUCUAUUGUUUAAGUUUCCUAACUACUGAAAUUAAAAUAAUAUUGUUUACUAUUAUUUGAUCUACCUAUCUAUUAAUAAUAAAUAACUUUUUACACAUUCUUUUAUUAUGUUAUCUCUACCUGUCAUCAAAGGUGACAAAUGAAGUUGCUUUUGGUCAACAGCUGGUGUAAAAUUCAGUCAAACAAUAUGAGUCAUUAUAAACAAGACUUUGGCUGAAUGUCUGAUCUUGGAUGUGUGACAUGAGGUGAGAGGAGGUACCAUGGUACACAAUGUUUGUAAAUGAUAUAGCAUUGAAAAGAGAAAAUCUGAACUAAGUUAACAGAAGAAUCAAAAAAAAAACACUUUAAUGAAAAUAAUUGGGAAUAACGUGAGAUGGUCAUGAAAAGAGCAGAACCCAAAAGAACAAGAAUUGCAAUAAAAAUAAAUGUAGAAGAAAAUAGUUAGAGAGAGAAAUUGUAAAAAAGGUGGUUGAGCUUGAUGGAAAAUGUUAUUAAGGCAGCUGGUGUAUACAAGGUGGGUGAUCGGGAUAUAAGUGUAAGUUAAAAACAUUGGUGGCCUACUCCAAAAAGUCUGAAUAAAGGAGAAGAUGAAGAGAAGACAUUAAUUUAUCAAUCUGUUUCAGUUUUGAUUAUAAUUAAACAUUAUUUUCACUGCAUGUAAUCUUAUUUUAUUUCAGUGCAAUCAUUUGGUACAGAGGAUCGCCCAACAGAGUUUAAGGUUCCAGCUCAAAGUCAAAUAUAUAAUUAUAUACUGUUCCGUGGUUCUGAUAUUAAAGAUAUUAAAGUAAUAACUCCCCAAAUACCUCUUAAUGAUCCUGCUAUUGUACAAGUAAUUAUUGUUUAAAUUAAUAACUCGAGUGUUCAAUAGCUUAUUCUUUUUUAAUUUUUAGUUAUCAGUUCCUCCAAAUACUAUGGGCGGAUUCAAUUCUAAUUAUCAACCUAUGGACGAAUUAAGUUCAAACAAUCAGGUUGGAAAUUCUUAUAACCCUAUGUCUGGUGUGAACUUAAAUCCUGGACCUUCACAUAAACAAGCAAGUGAGUCUCCUCUGAUAAUAGAUCCACAACCAGUAAUUCAGCAGAAACAACCGAUGACUACCCAAUCUGGUAUGUACACGCAUACAUAAACCCAAUUGCUUGGGCAUAUUUGGCAUGCUUGUACAUAUUGCUGUUGGGUACUAUUGUAAACAUCUUCCAAAAGCUUUAACGCAUGUUGAUCAAAUUACUGUUGCUGCUUUAGUACCUAUUGUAGACAAUAAUUUUUAGUUUUAUACUUGUUUUACAAACAUUGUUUGGUCUAUUAUAUUUUUCUAAGCUUUUAUUUCAAAUAUAGUGGGGGAGUUGGAAAGGUAGGAUACAGAAGGGAAUUGAAUAUAUAUCUGUAAGCAAUGAUAAACUAUUGCUAACGAAAAAAAUGAUUUUACAAGAGUUCAGUUGUUAGUGAUGAUUAUGUAUAUAAUGUAAACAUAAAUAGUUAAAGUAAUGUAUUGAAAUAGGAAUUUAUUUUAUUUUAAUAUAGCUCGGUCUAUAGAAUUACAUUUUUAACAAUGUGUUUUUCCAUGGAAACAAUGAUAGUUUGAAAAAGAUUAAAAUAAGAAAAACUUAAUAAUAACUCAAUAAAUAAAUAAAAAUUGUUGCCAGUGACAACUUUAUUUUUAAUCUUUCAAUCUUUUUAACCUAAAGUUGAAAUUUUCCUUAUUAUCUUGAAUAUUAAUGAGGAUUUCAAAAAAAGACUUCUCAAAAGUAUCACCUAGAGAAAAUUUCCUUUCAGAAAUGGUUGUAUACUUAAUAAUCGGAGUAUGCUUUCUGGUAGAGAAAAUGUUCACAUCAUUGUAAAACCACCAAUACAUUCCUCGCUCCACUCGCAAUCUAAUAAAAGAAAUGGACAAUUAUUCAAUAUUAUAUUGGAUAAAUUUUAGGAAUGAUUAAAAUCAUGUGUUGUUAAGAAAACCUUCAGGUACUUGAUUGAUGAAUAAUUACUUGAAAAUAUUUCAGUUUACUGUAAAUCUAAUUUUUGCUUAUGCUAGAAUUGUCAAAAUUCAAAAUAUGUUUCGUAUUAAAGGAGGUGUUAAUUUUAUGAAUUGAUAAAUGAAUCACAUAUUCAAGUCCUUACAACAAUAUAUACUCAGUAAUUAAAUGAUAUAACACAGCAUUUUUAUGGAAUUUUGUCAAAAAAGAAAAUAUCCAGUCAAAAAUAUUCAAAUGCAUUUAUAACUCAAUUUUAAGGGAAUCCUGUGUUAUUAUCACAAGUAUUUAUGUGUAGUCAUGAAAUUAAUUUAAAUGUUUACAGAAACCAAAAUAGUUUACAAACUAAUGUGCAGGACAAUUUAACUCUUAUCCGGUUUAAUCUUAGAGGUACCAAAAUUUCAAAACAUAGAAAUGAACUUUAUCUAUAUUAUAGCAUGCUUAUUUUAUUGAUAUUACAACUUAAUAUGUUAAAAUAAAUAAAUGAAAACCCAAACAUUUACAAAAAGAUUAUAAUAAAUGUAUUAAAAAUGAAAAACACCACAUCGCCUAUAUCAAUAAAAAAAAUUGUAUGUGUUGUAAAAUUUUGAUAAAUCUAUAAUAUAAUUAUGAUAAAAAGAAAAGUUGUCCUUUACAAAACAGUUUUUUGUUUAAAUUACAGGUGGUUUGAAAUCCUUUUAAGAAGCUUUAUCCUAACACCUAUUUUCUCUUUCUGUCUUUAGUUUAGUGUUAUAUGGCAACAAAGGCGUUUUAAAUUUACGUGAUUACUACUCCCGGUUUAAAUUAAACUUAGUACAUUUUGCAUAAAGUAGAGUAUUUACUAUGAAUACUAUUUUAAUAUUUUAGUUCUAAUAAGUUAAUAGUUAAAAUUAAGAAAAAACCAUUAAAACUUAUAUCUUGAUUCAGAAUUAUAUCAGAAAAAAACAUCAUGUCACAUCAUCUAUGGUCAAUUAGAUAAGUCAAAAUUAUGAAAUGUUUUUGUUGCUAUAUUUAUGUGUAAUACACACUGAGUAAACAAAUGUUGGUGAUAAGGCAUUUAAAAAUUAGAUGAGUAAUAUAUUUAUUUUAUUAAUGCAAUAUUGCUUUUUAUUUGAUUUGAUAGUACAAGGUCUUGUUUGAGUAUUAUUGUUAAUUUAUAAAAAUGACAUUAAAUGAUAACUGUAUUGAACAAUUUUGGUGGAUUUUUAUUGUAUAAUUAUUUGAGACAAUAAAUAUUGCUUGGUUUAUAAAAUGAAUUCAUUGAAUGCAUAGUAAAAUUUUAAAUACAUUUUUUUAAAAAAAAAAAACAUUAAUAUAUAUAUACCUACAAUAUAAUAAUAAUGUUUAUAUUAUAAAUAGAAAUUGAAUUCAUACAUUUUUAUCUGCCUUGCUUUAUUGUUUAUACAAUAAAAUAAAAUGCAAUACAAUAAAAUUUUAAUAUGUAAAUGGUACUAUAAUACAAUUUAUUGUAUAAAUGCAUGAUAAAAAUCAUCUUAAUAGCAGUAGUUUCUAUUUGAAUGUCAAAUAUUAGUAAUAGAAAAAUUAUUUUAAAUAAUUAACUGCAUAGAAAGUUUAAAAGCUAGAAAAGUUAAAAUAUUUGUCUAUACAUAAUAUAUAUAUAGAUUGGUCCUUAUACUUUUUUAAAUUAAGUUUGCCAAACCGAAUAUUUUUCGUUCUUUUAAAAAUAAUUUGUGAAAAAUAUUAAGUUGGUAUGUCAAUGUGAACCUGUUCCUCUGGAAAUUUUAAAUUUAGCAUAAAUAACUUUUAGAAAGAUAAAAGUCUUUUGUUACAACUCUAUUAUUAACUAGUAUUUAAUAAUUAUUGUUUGUGAUGUAUAUAAACUAAAAAUUUUGCUUACUUAGUUUGUUGUUAUUGUAACAACAAUAGAAACUUAAAAAAAUUGUAUCAUUUUUUGUGGAUUUUCUUUUUUCUUUUAAUAAUUCUAAAUUUUAUUUCUUAACAUUGAAUAUAACAUAUUUAUUAUUCAUUUUAAUAAGUUGCUAAGAAUCUACUAAAGAUAAGCUAUCAUAUAGUAUAAUAUCCAAUAUUUGUCUGUUAUUAAAAACUAGUAUAUUUUAAUGUUAAAUACUUUUAUUAUAUUUACAUAAAAUAUUAUUAUCUCAAUUACUUACAUAUUAUUGACAAAAUAAGUUAAAAGAAUAUUUCAUGAGAACUGUAUUGUAGGUAUUCAACCAUUUAGAAUAUUUUAUAAAGAAUAGAAAAAUAUAUAUAAAAUAAUUAUUGAACCAAAUGUCAAUAAAAUUAUUUCUUGAAUUUAAACUGUCCAAAAUAGUGAAGGGACUUUGUGAUAAUUCAAUAUUUUAAAUAUUCUAUUCACACUAAAUCAUGGUUUUAUAAAACUUAAGUUUCCACUACGGCUUAUCAUUAUCUUCAGUAUAUUAAAAAACUUAAUUAUUAUAAAACGGUAUAUAAAAAUAUAUUAAGAGUUCUUUUAAUACAUUUAAAAAUCAUUAAUCAUAUUUAAGUCUUGAAUGAGUUGCCUUGGCUUUUUUUUAAAUAUCAAUAUAUUGGUUGAAACAAAAAGAAAAAUAGCUAUUAAUUUUUAAAAUUAAAAAAAUUCAUAGGGUAUUGGAAAAAUUUAUCAAGUUAAAGUUAGUUAAAGGAAAAUUUAUUAUAGAUUUCAUGAAAAGUGAAAUUCAAUAUUUUAUCACAAGUGAAACUGUCAAUUUUUUGUUUUAAAUCAUUGACUUAGAACUAACUUAAUAUUUUGUGCAUAUUAUUUUCACAAGAGAAGGAAAAAUAUCGGAGGGUUCAUAAAUUAAAUUUAAAAAAAAAAAAAAAAAAAAAUUAUAAUAUGGACCACCCUAAUAUAUAGAUGUAUCAGAUGAUCCAUUUAAUUGGGUACACUCAUUAUCUCGAACAUGAACAUAUGAAGCUCUACAUUUUUAUAUGUAUGUUUUUUUUUGUCAAUUUGGUAGUGGUUUUACCUUUAAAAAUAACAUGAAUAUAAAAUGGUAGAGUUAACUGCUUCUUAAAGUUCUUGAAAACAAUUUCCAAAAAAAGUUAAUACUUGAGAUACUCUGAGAUUAUGAGUUUGCCCACUUAAAUGGAUCACUGGGUGAAACAUUGUUGAUAAUUAAGAUGUCUGUAUGUAUGAUACAUACAAACAAUUUUAUAAAUUCUUACAUAUUAUUCUGUAUGUUUUUAAAACCUGUAAUACAAAUAUUAAUUUUCAUUGAAUACAAUUUUAAGUAUUUCUCAACUAUUUAUUUUCAUUUACAUUACAAAAUUUAUUUUAAAGAUGUCUUGGAUUUAAUAUCUGGUGGCUCUCGUUCAUCUACACCAGCCCAGCCAAAUGUUGCUGUAUUUAAUGGUCAACGAAAUAGCCCCACAUUUGAUCAAAGUGUUCAAACUGGGAACCAACAGAGUCCAGGAAAUGGAAGAGGUGGUAGAAACCAACGUAAUAGAUCAACAUCUUCAUCUGAUACUCGUAAACAAGUUAGACAACAACAAGGGUAAGUACUAUUGUAAAUAGAAAAUAUAUUUAAGAAAUUAAUUUAUUCUUAAAUUUAAAAGGCAAAACUAUCAAAGAAGUGAUCAACAACAUUACCAGAGAAAUGAUCAACAUUAUCAAAGAAAUGAUUUUCAACAUCAGGAUAAUAGCCAACAUUUUGUAAAUUUAAAUACUAUCCUUUAAUCCUAUUUAUCAAAUUAUUACUAUUUAAUAAUCUGCUUUUCUUUUUUAUCAGACAAAUCGUCAAGCUAGUGGAAAUCGUAAUAUAAAUAGUCGCAAUUGGAAUAACCAACAAAAUAAUCAGCAGCAACAAGUUAGGCGUCAAAAUACAGCUCCAAAUGCUACAGGAGGUCGUUCAUUUUAUAAUAAUAGGUCUACUGGUCUUCCAGCUCCAAGCAAAGCUCAAGGACCCCGAACAAACUCAUUAAAGUUUGAUGAAGAUUAUGAUUUUGAUAAAGCAAAUAGUGAAUUCCAGGAGAUUAUAAAAAAAUUGUCAAGAACUAAGAUUGGUUAGUAUUUUCUUUAUAUCUAAUUAAUAGUUUAUAUUAUAUUUUAAUUGAUAUAAUUAUAUUGUAUGUUUUUUUAUAUCUAACUGAACACCCAGUGUUGCUUAUUGUUUUAGACACUGAAUUGUGUAAGUAAAUUGAAUAUGGUUUUCUUUUGUCCUUGUUUUAUCAAUGAAAAACAUCGAAAUGACACUUGAAUUAUUGAUAAAUGAUAGAUCAUUUUUUUUUUUUUAUAUGUUUUUAAUCUAAAAUAUGAAAAGUCACUAUUAAUCAAUCUCAUAUUUUCUUGUUAGGCUGAGUGACAAAUGUGUUUGUUGUGCAAUACAUGUCAAUAUUUCAAAACAUGUUUAUCAAGUUAAAAGGUUUAAUAUCAAUAAUUUUUAAUACAGGAAGAUAUAGAGCCUGUAAUAAUUUAGGAAACUCUACCAUUUAAUGCAAAUAUAGAUAUUCUUUAUUUUAAGUAAGAAAAUUGAAAUCUUACCACAAUUGAAUAAAUAUUUCAAAUUAUUUCUUUUAGUCUUUAAAUUGAGAAUAUAUAGGUACAAAUACAUAUGGAUGUUUAAUACAUAUUAGAGGACCAUUUACUGUUGAAACUCUCUUAUUUUUCUAGUACUCUCUCUUCAAUUGCUCAUUAAGAAUUAUUUUCAUUAAAUAACAUGCAAAUUACUUAUUUUAAAAGUAAACUUAAAUGCAAGUUAUAGUUGACAAAUAUAACUUUUUUAAAUCUUGUUAGUGUCCAAUUUUAAACUAAAUUAAACUGCUGGUAGAAUAGUUGUUCACAAGAGAAAAAAAGGCUGUAAUAUUUUAGAGUCUGAGUAGAAGAAGUGUGAAGAAGAGUGAAGAAAAUCUAUGGUUUUACAAUGACAUUAAUUUUUUAUUUUUAUUUUUAAGCAACUUUUCUGUAAAAAAUAUUGUUCCAAUUCACUAUGUCUCACUUUUUCUGAAAGGAAUUUGACUAGGGAGGUACUUUGGAGAGGUCAAUUUUUAAUUUUUUCAUUAUAUUUGGGGGCAAAAAAACUAGACAUUUUUUACAAAUAUUACAGAAAAUGUUUAAUGCAUUUGUAAUUAUAUUACCAUAGUAUGAAAUAUACAUUGUUGAAAAAAUAACACUUAUCAACUGAACUCUGCUUAGUAUCAUCUUUUUCAUUUACAAUAAUUUAUCAUUGUUUAUAGAUGUAAAUUAAAUUCCCUUCUGUAUCUUACUAACUUUCCACCUAAACAGUGGCUGCACCCCACUUGCGAAGUAUAUCAGUAUUUAUUAUUUUUGUUUUUUGAACUAAUACCUACAUUUCGUACUUUUUCCUGUUUUUUCCUAUUUGCAGAGGAGAAUUCCUGGAAAAUAGAAAAUUAUCUCUGUAUAGUGCCUCCCUAUUUCAAUUUAUUUUCAGGAGAGCUAUUACACUUCAAAAAUCUGAUCAAGAUUUCCAGUAGACAAGUUGUAUAUAAGAUAAAAUACAAAUAAUAAACAUCUUUGUAAAAUCGUAAGCGUCUUUACUCCACUCAGAAUCUAAAAUUAAUAAUGAUCGGUUAUUGGGUAGGUUGUAUUUUUUUUUUUAUUAUAUCUACAAAAAUGUUAAAUAAUUAUUGGUUAAAAAUUACUGGUCUAAAAGCUAUUAUUACAAUGUCUCUUAUAGUAUUUUAGUAUUUAUGAGCAAUUAACCGAUACAUUAUUGCUGAUUUGUGCAGCAAAAAUAAGUGCUAUUUAUCAUUUUUUGUUUGUUUAUUGUAUUUUUUUAAAUUAUAGAUGAUGGUUUUGAUGAUUCAACUGAAGAAGUAACUUUAGUUAAUGGUGGGGCUUCAUCAGUUAAUGGUGAUUCAUUACUCCAUGUUAAUGAUGGUGAACAAAGUGUAAAAAAACCACAUCGUAUUGAAAGUGGAAAUGAAACUAGUAUUGCUGAAACUGAAAAUGAAGGAGAUGAUGAACAAAAAACAUUUUAUGACAAAUCUAAAUCUUUCUUUGACACAAUUAGCUGUGAAGCUGUUGAAAGAAGCAAAGGGUAAUUAGUAAUAUUAACUAAUUGUAACUAGUUAUAAUUUUUUAAAUUUCUUUAUUUUUAAAGACAUUCACAAAGGACUGAUUGGCGUACAGAGCGUAAAUUAAAUUCUGAAACAUUUGGUGUUGCAAUGGCAAGACGUGGCCAAUAUCACCGUGGUCGUGGAGGCUAUUAUAAUAACAAUAACAACAACAAUACCAACAACACCAAUAGUAAUUAUCGUGCCAACCCUAACUCAUUUAAUAAUAGCAACUAUGUUAACAAUCGUCAAGGAAUGAAUUAUAACUAUCGUCAACAAAGUAAUAAUGGAUACAUGCGUAAUAAUCCUGGUAACCGUGGCUUUAAUUACCGACCAAGAUCAACUAACAAACAGGAUCAACGUCAACCAAAUGCAGUAUCCCCUCAACGAGUAGCAGGUUUGUAUUAAGACAAUUACUGUCAAGAACAACAAUUAUUUUUUAGCAUUGGCAGUACAUAAAUAUUUAAGUAUAGUAAUUGGCGCUUAAUGUAAUCCUUCUAUUAUAUUAAAAAAAAGAUAAGUUUUGGACUGGCUAUUAUUUAUAACAAAACAAUAUUAAUUAUAAUCACCUUUAUAGCCAAGACCAAAUUUUUAAGAGAUUCUGCAAUUUGAAUUUUUAUACUUGCAUUACAUGAUAAAACUAUUUUUAAUUUAAUUUUAUAAUGUCAAUUCUUUGUCUAUUACUAGUCAAAUUUUAAUGGAAACAAUAUGAUGUACUGUAAAAAUUAAAGCUUUUGCUUUAAUAUUAAAUAUUUUGCAUUAUAUUAUAAAAUAAAAUAGCCCUUUAAAAACUAUGUAAUAUAUUGAUAAAAAUACCCGAUUUAUUUUUAAUAAUUAAUUAUUUUUAAUACACAUAUUUAUGGGUACUCAAACUUUUCGAAAACAAUUUAAAUUUCAUAAUUUUUGCUGAAUAUUAUUCACCAUGAUUACAAUAAGCAACCGCUGUACUUUUUAUUUUUUAUCAUUGUUAUUUUCGCAUAAAAAUUAUAUUUUAUAUUAAUUUUUCAACAAUAUGAAAUAUUUUUAUUAAAUUAUUACAAUUAAAUAAUGUUUUCUAUUUGAAUGCACUCUUACAUUUUACCUACUAUUAACUGUCAUCACAAGUGUAGUAGGGAAUGUAAAUUCCAUAAGACUGUAAUGCAAGGUUAUCUAUUUGGGUGUUUAAAGUGUUCCAUUUUUUAUUGUAUAAUGGGGUAGGUUAUAUUUCAAUUUUAUCUAAGUACUUUUUGGUCGUCUUGACUAUUUUAUUAAGUAUUCAUUUAAAGCAAAGAGAUUUUUUAGUGAUAGAAUGAUUUCAUAAUGAUAAAGAAUUUACUGAACAAAGUAGGGCUAUUUAAUUUUAAUUUAAUACACAAUCAGUAAUAUUUUAUAUACUUAAUGACUCUUAAUAUGAUUAGUAUUACUGACUAUAAAUAUUGAUUGUAUUUAGUAUUUACAUAAGACAUUAUAAUCCUCAGAUUUUGUUUUAAAUUUCUAAAAUAAGAGUUUGAAUAAUUAAAUAUAACAUAUUAUUAUUUUUUUUAUAGAAGCCAAUUUUUUAAAUAAAAAUAAAAAUAUUAUUGGUCUUUUCUAAAAUCAGUUUUCACUCUUCUUAAUUAAAUAUUAAACAAUCUCAUUUUGUUCUUUAAAAUUAAAAUAUUAUAACCAGCCUUUACUUUUUUAUCUAUAUAUUUUAACUUAAUAAUUUAAUAAAAACUUAUAUUUUUAAACUUAUUUAUUUUGACAAUAAAUUAAUACCUCUUCAUAAGUUAACAGAUUGAAAAAAUAAAUAUUUACCUACCCUUUCGAUUUACUCAAGGUACAUCACUACUGAUAUACUCAUGAAGUGUGAUAUUACUGAUUGUGUAUAAUGUCUGGAGUAUAAUAAAAUGAAAAACUCAUAACUGAUGACAUUUUUUACGUAAAAAAGGAUAAUUUUUCAUUAGCAGAUUAUUUUUCAUUUGAACAUUAUACUCUUUAUCUUUACAAUUAGUAGUUAAUAAUAUUUUAUUAAAAUUUAUAUUUAUUUUAUUUUUACAGUAGCUUGAUGGUGCCCCUCAUUCAAGAUCUAAUGUCGCUGUAAAUUUAACAUUUCUAAAUAUAAAAAAAAAAAAAAAAAAAAAAAAAAAAAAAUUAAAACAAUAAUUUUCCCAUGGAAAAAUUAAUUUGUAUAUAUAGUUACAUUUCUUCUCUUUAUAAAACCGAAGUUUUAAUUGUUGCUGUGCAUAAUUUGUAAUUUAAUCAAUUGGUAAUUUGGUACAUUUUUUAAAUGAUAUCUGAUUAAGCGGAAAUUUUUAGCCGCAUACACAUUAAAAACUUCGGCACUUAAGUCAUCAUAUUCCUAAGUAUAUUUAAUUUUUAAUUUUUGAAAGAACAUAUUAUUAAUUUAAAAUUAACUUUCCCAGACUGUUCUUUAUCUUUAGUUUUAGUUCUGUUUAGACAAUUUUUUUUUUUAUUUUAUUCUUUUUUUUUUUUGACAGAUGUUUUAAAAAAUAAUAAUAAUUUAUAGUUGGUUCUUUAUUUAAUUAUUUCUACAUUAGAUUUUUUUUCAUUAAGGUGAUUGGUUUCAUCUGUAAUUAAAUAUCAAAAACCAGAUUAUAAGUUAAUAGAAUCCAAAUUUAUAUGAAAAUAUGUUAAACUAGAUGUAAAAAAUUGUUAAAACAUUAGCCUAUGUAAGAAAAGAUACAAAGAUACUAUAAUUUAAAAAAGAAAAUGUGAUUUUUGUUUGUUUGAAUUAAACAAAUAACACAAAAUAUAUAUUAGAAUACAUCAUUUAAUAAAAAAUAUAUGUUCUUUUUUUUUUUUUACCAUUAUUUGUGUGUUUCUUAAAUAUCAUAACAAUAUUUCUUUACUACAUUACAAACCAAUUUUAAACCUCACUAGAUAUAUUAAACAUCCAAAAAAACGAAAAACU